AUGGACUAUGCAGUGACAUCAUCUUUUCAAAGGCAUCAAACUGGAAUGAACGUUAAUUUAGGAUUAACAAGGCCCGAUUUGAACAUGAACCUCGGAAUGAGUUCAGCAUUUACGCAUUCCUGGUUCGUACCCGGCGAUGCCUGCGCCCCAAUCUCGCACCAACAGACAGGGCAUGUUCUCAUUUUAGAAUUAAGAAAAGAAAAAAGUAGAGAUGCAGCAAGAUCGAGAAGAGGAAAAGAAAAUUUUGAAUUUUACGAAUUAGCCAAAAUGCUUCCACUUCCGGCAGCGAUAACAUCUCAACUUGAUAAAGCAUCAAUCAUAAGAUUAACAAUAAGUUAUUUAAAACUUCGAGAUUUUUCCGGACACGGUGAUCCUCCGUGGCAAAGAGACAAUCCACCGCCGAAUAAAUCAUUAAAAGGUCCUUCGAGAAGGACGCCAGCAGGUCUGGCGAUUGAAAUGUUUGAACAACAUCAGGGAACUCACAUAUUACAGUCUAUGGAUGGAUUUGCUCUCGUACUUGGUGCCGAUGGUCGACUUUUGUACGUGUCGGAAACGGUGUCCAUAUAUCUGGGACUUUCUCAGGUUGAAAUGUCCGGAAGUAGCAUAUUUGAUUACAUUCAUCACAGCGAUCAUGCUGAAAUGGCUGAACAACUUGGAUUAGGACUUUCACAAUCCCAAGGUUUGUCAUCUCCAUCAUCCGGAAAUGACGAUGUUAAUUCAAGUUCCGGAACUGCAAAUCCUGACGUUGCAACACAAAUGUCAAUUUCCAGCAGUUCAAUGUACAAAGGUUUAGAUAGAGCAUUUUGCAUUAGAAUGAAAUCGACUCUGACAAAAAGAGGUUGUCAUUUUAAAUCUAGUGGAUACAGGGUGGUGUUACUAUUAUGUAGAUUAAGGCCGCAAUAUACGUUUUCACAUAGUCGAAAAUCUCCUCCUCCUUUAUUGGGCAUGGUAGCACUUGCUAUUGCUCUCCCACCUCCCAGUGUUCAUGAAAUACGCCUCGAAUCUGACAUGUUUGUUACCAGAAUAAAUUUCGAUUUUAGAAUAGCUCACUGCGAGCCAAGGGUAUCCGAGCUUUUGGAUUACACAGCGGAGGAAUUGACAGGAAGGAAUUUAUACACUCUGUGUCACGGAGAAGAUGCAAAUAAAUUAAGAAAAUGUCACAUAGAUUUAAUAAAUAAAGGCCAAGUUUUAACUCAUUAUUACAGACUGAUGAAUAAAAGUGGGGGUUACACCUGGAUACAAACGUGUGCAACUGUUGUGUGCAAUUCUAAAAAUGCUGAAGAACAAAAUGUGAUUUGUGUUAAUUAUGUACUCAGCGCUAGAGAAUAUGGACAUUUGGUUAUGGACUGUUGUCAGUUGGAAAAUACUAAUCCGACGAUAAAAAGAGAAACGCGACAAGAUCCUGAAAAUGGGUCUCCCGAUGCUGAUCAAGGUGGUAAUGGAGGCCCGGCAAGUUUUACACCGGAUUCCCAUAAUUCUCCUCCUAAUUCGGAAGGUAGAUCUCCAGAAAGCCCUAGCGAAAAACAAACGAGACCGGAUCAGACGACCCAACUUCAGGGAACUUCAACCUGCGAUAGAAUUAAGGUGAAUAGACCAGUAGUAAAUGCUUCCAUAACUGACUUAGACAAAAGCAGAACCCAAAGAAAAUCUAAAAAACGAAAAGUAGGUCACGAAGUCGAAAGUUCUGAAGAAGAAGAAAUAACGAAAAGAUCGAGUCCGAUAUCUGAACAUUCAAAUCCUCCGCAAGACAACGCCGGAGGAACGGUUAAAGAUCUCGAAGACGCCAUGAGUAAACAUUUGCCAAACACGAGUUCACCCGCUCAUCAGCCAACGGAUUUUAGCACCGAUGCAUUGCUUAAACAGCAAAGAGGAGCUAUUCAAUGGGUGGGACAUCAUUUGGGUCAAGCAAUGCCGGCUUCUGCUCUUCUGAGACAACUCUACGCCAAUCGAGAAAGUGUAAUAAGAGCAAACGUACACGCCGGUGGUAGAACGCCAGCGGGAGGUGGAUACUAUUCCGAUGGACAGGGACCCUUACCCACUCCACCGGGAAGCGAAGGUUCUUCAACGUACGGCGAUCAUCAAUUCGGUAAAACCGGACCCAACGACACUUUUAGCACGAUACCAUAUCCCGGUUAUCACGUCGACUAUCAUUCGGCAAUGACUCCGCCAUCGUCGGUAUCACCCAGAGACAAACACCAACUUUUGGACUACACCGAACUCAGGCAUCCUUAUUUGGAACCGACUCCACCGGCUCAGCCUCUUCCUCUAAAACCUCAAGCCUAUUCCGCACAUCCUACUCUCGAUUAUUUGGACCAAUAUCAAGGUGCUGGUUUUCAUUUAUAUCAUCCCAACAAGUCUUACACCGACCCACAUAAAACCGGAAAUUGGUAUUCUGCUACGUCAUAG